ACCGUUUAUUACGGUUUCUCUUUUGGUCAAUAAAACCACUAUAACAACCAAAGCCCUGAUCGAUUCGGGUGCGGCAGACAACCUUAUGGAUGAGACCUUUGCCAAAACCGCAGCCCUGAAUUUGAUCCAAAAGGAUACACCCUUGGCCGUUGAGGCCAUAGAUGGUAGACCACUGGAGAAACCUCUG